AUGCUUCUCCGCCCCUUUGCCGGUCGUCUAGCGCGAGCGAUUGCGGCCGCGCCCGUUCGCGCCACUCGCGCCUUGUCGACGUCGACGUCAAAGGUGGGCGGGUACGACGUGGUGGACCAUGAAACGGACGUACUGGUUGUAGGCGCGGGCGGAGCCGGCCUGCGUGCGACGAUCGGCGCCUGCGAGGCCGGCCUUCGCACCGCCAAUGUGACCAAGCUCUUCCCGACCCGCUCGCACACGGUCGCCGCGCAGGGCGGCAUCAACGGCGCCUUGGGGAACAUGACCCCGGACGAUUGGCGCUGGCAUAUGUACGAUACCGUCAAGGGUUCAGACUGGCUGGGCGAUCAGGAUGCCAUUCAUUAUAUGUGUCGGGAGGCCCCGGCCACCAUUAUCGAGCUCGAGAACUACGGCGUCCCGUUUAGUCGCACCGAGGAUGGCCGCAUUUAUCAGAGGGCUUUUGGAGGCCAGUCACUGGACUUUGGAAAGGGGGGACAGGCCUAUCGUUGCGCCGCCGCCGCGGAUCGCACAGGUCAUGCUAUGUUGCAUACACUGUAUGGACAGGCGCUCAAGCAUGAUGCCGAGUUUUUCGUCGAGUACUUUGCCUUGGAUUUAAUCAUGGACCCCGUGGAUGGCAGCUGCAGGGGUGUAACGGCGCUAUGUAUGGAGGACGGGUCUUUACAUCGCUUCAAUGCCCAUGCUACCAUCAUUGCCACCGGGGGAUACGGGCGCGCGUAUUUCAGCGCAACAUCUGCACAUACAUGCACGGGCGAUGGCAAUGCCAUGGUUGCGCGAGCAGGCAUUCCAUUGCAGGAUCUUGAAUUUGUGCAGUUUCAUCCGACGGGAAUAUACGGGGCUGGAUGUCUGAUUACAGAGGGGUCUCGUGGGGAGGGAGGAUUUUUGAAAAACUCGGAGGGCGAACGUUUCAUGGAGCGGUAUGCGCCCUCAGCGAAAGAUCUCGCUUCUCGGGACGUGGUGUCGCGCUCGAUGACUAUGGAGAUUCGUGAAGGGCGUGGAGUGGGGCCGAAGAAGGACCACAUUCAUCUGCAUCUCGACCAUUUGGAGCCGUCGGUGCUCGCCGAGCGAUUGCCCGGUAUAUCUGAAACGGCCAAGAUCUUUGCUGGUGUGGACGUGACCAAGGAACCGAUCCCCGUAUUGCCCACAGUGCAUUACAACAUGGGAGGGAUUCCGACAAACUGGCGUGGGGAGGUUGUGACGGUCAAGGAUGGAGAUCCAAACUACGUGGUUCCAGGGCUUUUCGCAGCCGGUGAGGCGGCAUGCGCCAGCGUGCAUGGUGCGAAUCGGCUCGGUGCAAAUUCCUUGCUCGACAUUGUGGUAUUUGGGCGGGCAACGGCGAUGAGAUGCGGAGAAAUCAUCAAACCGGACACGCCAGUGCGGCCUUUACCCAAGGGUGCUGGGGAGGAGGCGAUCGCGGACAUGGACAAGGUGCGGUAUGCGGACGGAGAGAUUCGGACGUCUGCGAUUCGCGAGGACAUGCAAAAGAUCAUGCAAGACAACGCGGCGGUGUUCCGGACGCAAGAGUCGCUGUCGCAAGGGUGCAAGCUAAUCGAUGAGUGCUACGAGAGCUUUGGCAAGGUGAAAAUCACGGACCGGGACAUGAUCUGGAACACAGACAUGGUAGAGACGCUGGAGCUGCGAAACCUCCUGCAGAACGCGGUGAUCACGAUGCACGGGGCCGAGGCGCGCAAGGAGUCACGCGGGGCGCAUGCCCGCGAGGACUUUACAGAGAGAGAUGACGAGGUAUGGAUGAAGCAUACGCUGGGUUGGGUGUCGAGCCACGAAGAAAAGAAGAACUCGCGAGGGUUUGCGCACAUCGAUUACCGGCCGGUGGUUUCGAAGAGCUUGGAUGAUUCGGAGCAGGAAGCGUUCCCGCCGGCGAAGCGGGUGUAUUAG